AUGGCCAAUAUAAUGAAAAAUGUUCGUCUUUCAAGUGGCUAUGAUAUGCCCCUUAUUGGAUUUGGAACAUAUAAAAUUCAGGGAAGAAAUGUAAUAUAUGAAGUAAUAGAUGAAAGUUUAAAAGUAGGUUUUCGUUCUAUUGAUACAGCUGCAGUGUAUAGAAAUGAAGGAGAUAUUGGUUAUGCGUUAAAACAUUUAUUACCCAAAUAUAAUCUUCAGAGGAGUGAUAUUUUUAUUACAACUAAGCUUUCUCCUAGUGAAAAUGGUGAUCCAGAAGGAAUAGAACAGUCUGUGCAAAGGUCUCUUAAGGCACUUAAUACCUCAUACAUUGAUUUGUAUUUGAUUCAUUGGCCAGGUGCAAGUCGUAUACCAGAAACUUCAUCAUAUAACCAAAGUUUAAGAGUAAAGACUUGGUAUAAGUUAGUAGAUUUAAAGAAGAAAGGAUUCAUAAGAUCAAUAGGUGUAUCCAAUUAUACAAUCAAACAUUUAGAAGAAUUAUUGCAUAAUUGUAAAGAUAUACCACCAACUGUCAAUCAAGUAGAAUUGCAUCCACAUUACCGUCAAGAAGAAUUAAUUAAGUAUUGUAAUGAAAAAGGAAUUCAUGUACAAGCAUAUUCUUCUUUAGGAACUAGUAGUAGUAUGAAUCUUUUAAGAGACCCAAUUGUGGAAAACAUAGCUUCUCAACUUAAUGUAUCUCCAGCAAGAUUAUUAUUAAAGUGGGCUUUGCAGCAAGGAAUUGGUAUUAUUCCCAAAGCAGUAAAUAAAGAUCACAUAAAAGAUAAUAUACAACUAGACUUUUUGAUUGAUGACAACAGUAUGAAUGCUUUAUCUUCUCUACCUCAACAGAAAUAUGCUUGGAAUCCUUCUAAUGUGAAUUAA